CCCAGGUGAGGGGUCGUGAGAGCACUUGUAGGCUGCGGAGGGGCAGGCUGGCGAGAGACAAAGCAGGCGGGUGGCGAAAGUCGCUGGCGAGGAGAAAGACAGCAUCCCUGGCGAGACAGAAGGUGUUACUAUGAACAUCAAUCAUAAAGGUGUUUUGAAACUCAAUAAAAUGGAGAAGAAGUUCUUGCGGAAACAGAGUAAAGCCAGGCAUGUGUUGCUGAAGCAUGAAGGCAUCCAGGCUGUAUCACAUCCCACCCAGAGCCUGGUUGUUGCUAAUGGUGGUCUAGGUAAUGGUGUGAGUAGGAAGCAACUGCUUCUGGCUUUAGAGAAGUAUGGACCUGUGGAAGCUCUCCUAAUGCCACCUAAUAAGCCCUAUGCAUUCGUGACAUACGGAAGUAUUGAAGAAUCCAAGGAAGCCUAUGCUGCCCUAAAUGGAAAAGAAAUCAUUGAUGACUUAGGGCAGAAGAUCUUUCUGUACUUGAAUUUUGUUGAAAAAGCACAAUGGAAAAAGCUGGGGCUUCAAGCCUUACCUCCAGGCCUGUUGGUGGUGGAAGAAAUUAUUUCUUCUGAGGAUGAGAAAAUGCUUUUGGAAAGUGUUAAAUGGACAGGUGACACAAGCAAUCAGAAUUUUCAAAAGUCCUUAAAAUACAGAAGAGUGAAGCAUUUUGGUUAUGAGUUUCAUUAUGAGAACAACACUGUGGAUAAGGAUAAGCCCUUACCUGGGGGUCUUCCUGAUAUUUGCAAUAGCAUUUUGGAGAAAUGGUUGAAAGAAGGUUACAUUAAGCAUAAACCAGAUCAGUUGACCAUAAAUCAGUAUGAGCCUGGACAUGGAAUUCCUGCCCAUAUUGACACACAUUCUGCAUUUGAGGAUGAAAUUAUUUCUCUCAGUUUGGGGUCAGCGAUUGUUAUGGAUUUUAAGCAUCCAGAGGGAGCCACAGUACAAGUUAUGUUACCUCGUCGGAGUCUGCUGGUGAUGACAGGGGAAUCUAGAUACCUCUGGACUCACGGAAUUACACCUAGAAAAUUUGAUACCGUUCAAGCAUCUGAGCAGUUCAAAGGUGGAAUAAUCACCAGUGACAUCGGAGACUUGACUUUAAACAAGAGGGGAAUGCGAACAUCAUUCACAUUUAGGAAAGUGCGGCGAAUGCCCUGUAAUUGUAAUUACACCUCAGUUUGCGACAGACAGAGGACGGCCACACCUCCUUCCCUCCCAGAGAGCAGUAAAGCAGCGUUGCAGCUGGAGCAAGAGCAUGUCCAUCAUGUGUAUGAGGAGAUUGCCAGGCACUUCAGCAGCACGAGGCACAGCCCUUGGCCACGGGUAGUGGAGUUCCUGAAAGCUCUGCCGAGGGGUUCCGUAGUGGCAGAUGUUGGAUGUGGAAAUGGAAAGUACCUUGGCAUCAACAAGGAGUUAUAUAUGAUCGGCUGUGACCGCAGCCGGAACCUUGUGGACGUUUGUAGAGAGAGGCAGUUUCAGGCCUUAGUCUGCGAUGCGUUAGCAGUUCCCAUCCGAAGUGGGUCCUGUGACGCUUGUAUCGCCAUUGCUGUCAUCCACCAUUUUGCAACUGCAGAGCGCAGAGUGGAAGCUCUCCAAGAAAUUGCCCGUCUCCUGAGACCUGGUGGGCAGGCCCUCAUUUAUGUCUGGGCAAUGGAACAAGAAUAUAAAAAUCAGAAGUCCAAGUACCUUAGAGGAAACAAAAUCAGCCAAGGAGAUAAAGAGGAGAUAAACAGUGACACACCCGUGGAAGAAUUACUAGAAAAUCAAAUGCCUGAUGGGGUCAGCGAAGACCCAGCAUUGUCUGUCCCUUCCACUAAUAACAUCAAGAAAGGAGGUUGUAAGUCAAGGAACGUUCCUAAUUCUGAGCUUCCUAUUCAUAGAAAUAGGACUUCUUUUCAUUCUCAAGAUGUGCUGGUUCCCUGGCACCUCAAGGGAAACCCUGGUAAAGGCAAGGUUGUUGAGCCAUUUGGCCCAGCAGGAUGUCCUGAUCCCAGUCCUGUGUUUCAUCGUUACUACCAUGUUUUCCGUGAUGGAGAAUUGGAGGCUUCUUGCAAGGCUCUGGGUGAUGUUAGCAUUCUGCAGAGCUAUUAUGAUCAGGGGAACUGGUGUGUUAUUCUUCAGAAGGUCUGAUCAUUUAUAUGAACAUAUUGUGUAUAAAGAAAAAUGGUUGUCUGUUUUUUAAAAGGAGGCUAAAUUAUCCUUUUAAUGAGAAAACUUUGGGAACGUUACUGAAGGAGAGCUGAGAGCAGAGAUUACUUAGGUAACAUUCUAUCUGCUUCUGUUGGCUGACUUCAUAAACAUAGGUUCCUGUUACAUGCCUUCUGAGUAUGGUGUUUAAAAGUGAUUGGCGUUAACUUGUGAAAAGUCUGUGAUGUUUGUCUAAGUGUAUAGCAUUUUCAAGAAGCUUUUGUAAAGUGUUUAUAAAGCUCCUAACAUAUGUAGGAUCAUAACAGUGCAGUAAUGUGAACUUUCAAUGAAAUGAAUAGGAAAUUAUCUGAAGUUUUAUCUGCAUCUGUUUGUUCCCCAAAUUAUAAUAACUUUUUCACUGCAUCUUUCUAUCACAUUGUGGAUGCCUAGUAAAACUUUAGCCAGAUGAUUCUCAGAAAUUAAUUGAAAGUUCAUUCAACAGAUAGUCAUUAAACUAAUACCAUGUACUUGAGUACUAUUAAGUACUAGGAAUGAAGCUGUGAACAAUAAAGGAGGUUGAGAUGUAGCUCAGUUAAAGAAGCAGUGUUUAUUAUUGAGGCCCUGGACUUAAUGCCCAUUACCACAAACACACGGACUAGCAAACAACAAGAGCAAAGCCCCUGUUCCUAGGGAGCUACCUACUGGGAGGGAGGCUGACAAAAGCAAGCAAGUAAGUACACGCUGUAUCCCUGGUGAAAGCAACGCCAUUUAAAGAGUAAAUUGGAGGAUGGAGGGAAUAUUAGUCUAUGAGCAAAAAAUUAUUUUUAAUGGCUGAAAUAACUACUAAUCCUGACUGAUUUAUUACCAGAAAUAACUAUUCCUGGUACAAUGGUCCAAGCUCUAAAGACAACUCUAAUAGUUUCCUUUAAUAGUUAAAUUACAAAAGCUAAAAUGUUUUCAGCCACAUAAAACUGUGCUCUUGCAGUCACAAUUGGCUAUUUCUAUUUAUUCAUAGAUUGUCCCAAUUCAGGAUAAGGAAGCAUUUUUAUCUAGUCAGUGAAACCAAAACCAUGCUCUUGGAAAGUACUAGUAAGAUUGAUCAGUAUCUAGCCAGAUUGAGUUGACCAGGGGGAAAUUUUUGUCAUUUUUGUAAUUGGUUCAAUCAAAAAACAUCAUUAAGAGUAAUAUGUAUGUUUUAAGACUCUUUAUUAAAAAAUGUUUAUAAUUGAUGGGUAUUCUCACACUGACACAAUGAGCCAAUUCAAGCCAAAUUAAAGUAUGAAGGCAGGUUUAUUGAGAGCAGCUCUCACAUUGGCUCACCAGUCUCAAGAACGGGGCUAGGGAAGUCACCGUGCAGACAGGGAGACAGAGAAGGAGGGUGGGAAGAGAGAGAACCGAAAUUUCUAGGUUGUAUAUUGCAGAAAUUCUGGGGGAGAGGAAGCCCAGCCCCUGGGCUGGGACGUUCAGCGUAGAAGUCAGGGAGUGCUAGCCAUGGCCUGUAACAGGUAGGGACUGAGGGAUGCUGUGUGGAUCCAUAAGCCAGGUCUGCUUUGAUGUGUUAAAUAGGCACCCCAGCCACUUGUCCCUAGUCUAAACCCAACAAGAAGUAACAGGUUUUUAAAAUUAUUAUUAUUUAUUACAAUUUAUUCAAUUUGUGUCCCGGCUGUGGCCCCCUCCUUUUUCUUCUCCCAAUCUCAUCCUCCUCCCCCCAUGACCCUCCCUUAGAGGAGACCAACAGAGCCAUAAAAACUGAAUCCUGGGGGCCAUGAAGAGACUGAUACCCCAACCAAGGACACUGCAUGGAGAGGACCUAAAACCCUGCUCAGAUGUAGCCCAUAGAAUCAGUCUCCAAGUGGGGUCCCUAGUAAGGAGAAUAGGGACUUUCCCUGGCAUGACUCAGUGACAGGCUUUCUGAUCACCUCCCCGUUUGGGAGGGCAGCCUUGCCAGGUCACAGAGGAAGAUAAUGCAAUCAGUCCUGAUGAGACCUGAUAGGCUAGGAUCAAGUAGAAGGGGAGGAGGACCUCUGUCAAUUUUUUUUUUUAAUGUAAUAGCAUUCUUUCAAAUGAGACCUCUAUUUGAUAUAUAAUUUUUUCUUUUGUUUUUUUUUUUUUUUGAGAGGAUCUCAGGUAGUCCAGGUUGGCCUCAUCUUGCUAAGGAUAAUCUUGAACACUUGAUUUUCCUGUUUUCACCUGGGAUUGCUUGUACCUCCACAGCAGGCCUAACUAUAGUCUGUUUACACACACACACACACAUAUAUAUAAAUCAGUGCUGGUUAUAUAUUAAAGCAGCAGUUUUCAAGCUGUGGGUCAUGAUCCCUUUGGAGGUUUAACUGUCCUUAAGACCAUUGGAAAUACUAGAUAUUUACAUCAUGAUUCAUAACGGUAACAAAAUGACAGUAACGAGGUAGCAACAAAAAUAAGUUUAUGGUUGGAGGUCACUACAACAUUAAAGGAUUGCAGCAUUAGGAAAGUCGAGAACCUCUGUGUUAAAGAAACAUGGAGCAGUGAGAUGGCGUAAUUGACCCAGGAAUUUGCCAACAAGCCCGACACCCUGAAUUCAGUCCCCAGAAUUAACAUGUUAAGAGGGGAAAACUCACUCCCACAAGUUUUCUUCUGACCUCGGUACAUACACAUGCAUUUGCAUGCACAGACACACACACACACCCAUGCACAAAUACGUCCACACAUACAUACACAUAAUUGUCAAACACUCACACACACACUUUUUUUUUUUUGAGGCAUACAUAUUUUGGCAAAUAUGUAUCAUAGAAAAUCAUGAUAAUUGCAAUUUCAUUAGACGGAUUACAUGAGAUAUCAUGACUAUUUCAAUUGUCAAUGAAACAACCUGCCAGUGCUGAGCAAUGUUGUAGUUCUGGCUAUCCUGGAACUAGCUGAAAUGCCCAAGCUAGUCUAGAACGCACAGAAGUCUGCCUGCUUCUGCCAAGUGCUGGAAUUAAAGACAUUUACCACCAUGUCCACCUAAAUAAUUUUUUCUUAAAAAAAAAGAAAAGAAAAAGAAAAAGAUACAUUUUAGCUAGCCCUAAAUCAAAGUUUGAAAAUUGUGUUUGUGAAUUUAAGUUUCUACAUAAACAAGUUAGUCAUGUUGACUGAUCAUAAGAAAAAGACUUUUAAAUGUAUAUUGACUCUUUAAGCUAAGUUGAAUAUUUCCUUAUUUUGGGUUAUUUUAGAAAUAAACUUAAAGGCAGGGAUUGGGUUAUACCUAUAGUUUCAUCUGCUUAGAAGUCUGAGCCUCAGAGUUCAAAACUGUCCGUGGUUACACAGUGAGACCCUGUCUAAAAAAACAGGUAAAACAGAGAAAUCUGUUUCUUCUGUCAUUUCUAUAAUUUCUUCUCCUUUGAAAUGGCAUCCUUGGGUGUCAGUCAAGAGUAUAGUAAGAAAUAAGUCCAGUGACCCUUCUGGGGCUAAAUGCAACUUACUGCAUGUUUUCUACCUGUAGAAUUAAGAAGCAUAUAUGAAAUUUUUGUUAAAACCCAUUUCUAGCAGCUCCUGGCUGUCUAGCUAUACCUUUGUGAUUGGAAUUUUCUUGAGACUAAAGAGGAACUGCCAGUGUGAAAAUCUAGCUAGCCUUCUGCUAAAGUCUUUAGUAGAUAACAUUUUAAUUUCUUCCUAAAACAAUUGUUACAAAGUAAGAGAAAAUGUAAACUAUAACUGACAAUUGGCUUUUUUCAGUUAUGAUUAUAAUUAUGAAGAAUUCUUUAGUUAAUGAAGUGUUGGUAUAAUGUUCCUGUGAAAUGUAUACAAUUUACCCUUGUUCAUUCACAUGCUGAUUUCUCUACUCCACUGUCUGGUUUCAAUUGGGACAUUGCAUUGUGAUGCUUAUUCUAAGCAUCACCUGUCUCAAGGUUGUGUAAACAUGCCACCAUUUGUUCUAUGUAAUUGUCAAUGAAACAACCUGCCAGUGCUGAGCAAUGGAGAGAAUAGUGAAGGACAUCCUGGUCCAGAUGGGAGAAGAAAGAAGAUAGUGGGAGGAGAGAUCCUAGAGGAGAGGACCAGGAAAUAUCAGAAGACAUAAACUGGACCUAAGAUACGACUAAAAAGCAAGUAUAAUGUGGAAAAUCUGAAUGGGAGGAAGCUAUGAGGGCUUGGAGGUUUAGGAUGGAGUAAUUAUUGCCCAGCAUUGUGCUCUAGGUUAAUUAAAUAAAUCCUAUUCCUUGUGUGAGUAUACAGCUGUUUAUCUAAAAGGUAAAUCAAUAUUAAAUAUUAAUAAUCAUCAACAAUGAAGGAAAGGCUCUCAAGUUUUAAGAGAGAGUAUCAAGAUACUGUAUUAUCUUGGGUGUCAUAAUUUACUCUUUUGCUGUUUAUCAGCUUUUGAAUGAAAGUUCCUGGGCUCAUCGAUGAGGGGAACAAUAAUUUGGUUAGAAACAUUAGCUGUCUUCAUAUAAUUUUAAAAGUUAUAAUUUUGGAUGUCCUGUGCAGAUCAGAAUCCUGUGAGAUAAAGGCUUAGAAAUAAUAAUAGCAAUUUGAUUCAUGUUUACAUACUUGAAGGAUUUUAACUGAAAUUUUGAAAAUGUAAGUUGUCAUAAUCUGAUGGCAUCUGUGAGCCUGCUUUGCUCUUUUAGGAACUGACCUCUUACACACUGUUGUAGCUGUGUCUAACCUGAAGUAGAUUUGUCUUGUUUUAUAUUGUGGUCUGAAUGAAGAAUGUCCCACCAUAGGCACAUGUAUUUAACACCUUGGUCCCAGGCUGAUGGUGCUGGUUGGGGAGCCUGGAUGCAGGAAUUACUGCUGAGGGCUUUAAGGACUUGUGACCUUGUUCCACUUCCCGUUUUCUCCUUCUGCUUCCUGUGUGUGGUUAAGAUGUGGUCCCUCUGCUUCCUACUGUAUCCACCUGCUGCCACGGUGAACUCUUCAUUCCUGUGAAACUACAGAACAAAAUAAACUUCUUC